AUGGAAGAACUUCACGACGUACAGUUGACUGAGAUCAAACCUCUGUUGACAACACAGAAUGGCACAAACCUACAGGAUUUCAACUGUCAGGAAUAUGACAUAGAGACAACUCACUGUGUACUGCAUGUCACCAUGAGAGGCAUCGCGAAGGGCAACCGACCCACGAUCCUCACCUACCAUGAUGUUGGACUGAACCAUAAGUCUUGCUUUAACAGCCUUUUCAACUAUGAGGAUAUGCAGGAAGUGACUCAACACUUCUCAGUAUUGCACGUGGACGCUCCCGGACAACAGGAGAACGCACCCACGUACCCCAAUGGGUACCAGUAUCCAUCUAUGGAUGAGCUGGCUUCCAUGCUGCCUUCUGUGCUUACGCAGCUUCAGAUAAAGAGCGUGAUUGGUAUUGGGGUUGGUGCUGGAGCCUACAUCCUCACCAAACUGGCUCUGAAUGAACCAAGUCUUGUGGAAGGUUUAGUUUUGAUCAAUAUUGAUCCCUGCGCCAAGGGCUGGAUGGACUGGGCCGUUUCCAAGCUGAGCGGCUGGACUAGCAAUCUAGUGGACAUCAUCAUGGCACACCACUUCAGCACGGAUGAGUUAACAGAGAACAAAGAGCUCAUCCAGACUUACAGGCUACACAUCUCUCGGGACAUUCCAUUGGACAACUUGGCCUUGUUUUACUGCAGUUAUGACAGCCGAGCUGAGUUGCAGAUGGAGCGUCCAAUGCUUGUUUUGAACGAAGAAACAGUCAACACACUCAGGUGUCCUGCCCUGCUGGUAGUUGGAGACACUUCACCUGCUGUCGAUGCUGUGGUGGAAUGUAAUUCGAGACUAAACCCCACCAAAACCACCUUGCUCAAGAUGGCAGACUGUGGAGGACUUCCUCAAGUGGUGCAGCCUGGAAAACUGUCAGAGGCCUUCAAGUAUUUUGUGCAGGGAAUGGGCUACAUGCCUACGGCUGGCAUGACCCGCUUGGUUCGCUCAAGGACUCACUCGGCUUCGAGCGUAGGCUCUGGCGACAGCGUUCGAACUCGCAGUUCAACCAACACACUCCCAGAGGGUGGUGCGCCAAUCAGCCCCUAA